AUUAGCACAGUAUACCUUACCUGCAAAAUGAAUGAAAUAGCUCUCUCGUUGCUGGCGCCAACGCAGCCAUUGGACGCUGACGAGGGUGUUAUGUCACCGAUGGCCUCAUCAGACCAGGCAACCUCAAUUGGUGACUUUCGGUUCCUGAGAACCCACCACGCAAACGAUAAAGAAGAGCGGUGCUUGCUGGUUACCAGCCUCUCAAAGGUUUGGCUGAAACAUCAUUUCCGUAUCGAUACACUUCGAUGUGCGCAACUAUUUGUUCAAUUACGCGAAGCAGGCGCAGUAGAUGCCCACGUUAGAAUCAACUAG